AUGAUGUAUCGUAGUACACCUCACACUACAACUGGGGUUAGCCCAACAGAAAUGUCGUUUGGAAGAUGCAUCAGGACCAAACUACCCCAACUGCAAGAGUUCAGUGAUGAAGACGAAGUCAGAGAGAGUGAGAGUGAAAGAAAAGAGAAAGGGAAGGUGUGUGCAAACUGCAAAAGAAAGGCACAUGAAAGCGAGAUUCAAAAGGCGACAAGGUGUUAUUGAGACAGGAGAAAGAAAACAAACUGUCGACGCCAUACAGUCUCCCUUUACAGUUGUUCAGAAGAAUGUCAAUAGUGUUCUUUUCAAGGCAAAUGGCAUACAAUACUCAUGUGAAAAAGUAUCUAGAGCAACAUAAUGCACCCCAAGCCACCAGUAGAUUGCAGAUUCCACAGAGGCUCAAGGAGUAACAGGGAGUUCACCAAACCAAGUGUUUAGAGAAUUUGUACAUGUUUCUCCUGGAAUAACAAGUGAAGACAAACCAGUGGAGUACAAAUCAUCAGAUGAUACCACUACCACUAAAAUGACCACUGUCUAG